UCACCUCUGGCCUGCUGUCACUCCCGAGGGAAAGUGGGCGGGCCUUGCACCCUGUCCAAUCAGGAGAGACGUCAGGGCAGGUGGGUGGGGCGACGCUCCGCAGGCAAGCCGCAGGGGGCUUCUGCUCCCGCCAUUGUUGGCAGUGGGGGUCGCCGGCGCUGAAGUCUUUCACGUCGCGGUGCCCCGGCUUCGGUCUUGCUGAGCCCCCCACCUUCUUCGGGAGUCGUAGGUCGAACGCCGGGAGACACGGGAAAGCCGGCAAUGGACGCAGUGGCCUUUGAGGAUGUGACCGUGAAGUUCACCAUGGAGGAGUGGGCCCUCCUGGAUCCAUCCCAGAAGAAACUCUACAGAGAUGUGAUGCAGGAAACCUUCCGGAACCUGGCUUCGAUAGCAUGCAUUUCAGAAGAAAAAUGGGAAGUCUAUGACAGUGAAGAUGGGGACGAGAAUCAUGUGACACAUCUAAUCAGACAGAUGGGACAAAGGCUCUGUAAAAGUAAAGAAUGUCGCCAGUAUGAAGGCAUCUUGGGCCAGAUUCCAAAUCAGAAUCUGAAGAAGAAAACUCCUACUGGAAGAAAACUACGUAAAUGCACUUUGUGUAGACAGGUGUUCGUGCAUCAUUCCUCCUUUAGCAAGCACAUGAGGUCUCACACUGGACACAGACCAUAUGAGUAUCAAGAAGGUGAAGAGAAACCUUACAAAUGUAAGCAUUGUGGGAAAUCCUUCAAGCAUCGCCAAUCCAUUCGAAUGCAUGAAAGGUCGCACACCGGACAGAGACCCUAUGAAUGUAAGCACUGUGGGAAAGCUUUCAUUUGUCGCAAUUACUUUCAAAUUCACGAAAGGGCACACAAUGGGGAAAAGCCCUACAAAUGUACAAAAUGUGUUAAAACCUUUAGUUAUUCGAGUAACUUGCGUAAACACGAAAGGACUCAUAUUGGAGAGAAAUCUAGUGAAUGUAAGCAGUGCGGCAAAGCUUUCAGUUGUCUCAGGUCCUUUCGAAUACACGAAAGGAUACAUAGUGCGAAAAAGCCCAAGGAAUGUACCAAAUGUGGUAAAACCUUCAGUUAUUCAAGUAAUUUACACAAACAUGAGAGAAGUCACAAUGGAGAAAAACUCUAUGAAUGUAAAGAAGGUGGGAGAGCCUUGCAUUCUCUCGCCAGAUUUCAAAGACCCGUGAUCAAGCCCAAUGCAGACGGACUCUAUAAAUGUAAGGACUGUGGGAAAGCCUUCAGGUGUCCCAAGAACUGUCGUAGUCAUGAAAUGACACACAGUGGAGUAAAGCCGUAUGAAUGUAAGGACUGUGGGAAAGCUUUCAGUUCUCCCAGGUCCCUUGGAAAACACAGGAGAAUUCAUACCGCAAGGAAGCCUCAUGAAUGUAAGGAGUGUGGGAAAGCUUUCCGGUAUCCCAGUUCCCUUCGAAAUCACGAAAGAACCCAUACGGGGGAGAAACCUUACAAGUGUAAGGAAUGUGGGAAAGCUUUCAGUUGUCCCAAUUACUUCCGAAUUCAUGAAAGAACUCACACUGGAGUAAAACCAUACGAAUGUAAGCAGUGUGGAAGAGCCUUCAGCUGUCCCCAGUCCUUCCGGAUCCACGAAAAGACACACAGCGCUGAAAAGCCCUAUGAAUGUACAAAAUGUGGUAAAGUCUUUAGAUACUCAAGUAACUUACGCAAACAUGAGAGAUCUCAUACUGAUGAUAAACGCUAUGAGUGUAAACUAUGUGGUAAGGCCUUCAGCAGCCACUAUUAUGUUCAAAAGCAUGAAAGAACUCACACUGGAGAAAAACCCUAUGAAUGUAAGGAAUGUGGGAAAGGCUUCAUUUUUCGCUCAGGUGUUCGAUCACACAUGGUGAUCCACACUGGAGAUGGACCUUAUAAAUGUAAGAAAUGUAAGAAAGCAUUUCUUUCUCCCAGUUCAUUACGAACACAUGAAAGAACUCACACUGGAGAGAAACCUUAUCAAUGUAAAACUUGUGGUAAAGCGUUUAGUCUUAUGAAUUCUUUACGAAAUCACGAAAGAAGUCAUACGUGAGAGAAAGGCUCUGAAAACAAGGAAUGUGAGAAAACACAAGAUUUGUUGCACUUUCUUUCAUGGACUUGUAAGAAUGCACACUGGAGAGGAAUUGUAGAAACGUACGGAACAUAGGAAAGCCUUCAGUUGUCCUGUUUCCUUCAGAACUUAGAAAAAAAGUCAGUGGAGAGAAUUCUAAUGAUGAUACACAGUGUAGGAACCCUUCACUUACCCACAUCACUAAACAAACAUCCACUGGAUUCAGCCUGUAUAACUAAAAAAUAAAAACUUUAUAAUUUUUACAGAUAC